AUGUUUAGCACUGCAUCAACGCUCAAGACGAACGUUUCGGUGCCUUUGCUGCCCUGGGUCGAGAAGUAUCGUCCCAAGAAUGUGGACGAGAUAUCUCACCAAGAGCAUGUCGUGGCUACACUAAAGACAUCGAUUGCGAAUGGUCAGUUGCCCCAUUUGUUAUUCUACGGACCUCCAGGCACGGGCAAGACAUCUACUAUUGUGGCUGUAGGACGUCAGCUCUUUGGCACGGAUUUUCGUAAAAACGGCCGCUUCUUGGAGCUGAACGCAUCGGAUGAUCGAGGUAUUAAGGUGGUACGCGAAAAGGUCAAGAGUUUUGCUCAAGGAGCCAUCAGUACUGGUAAAGGCUUGCCGCCUUUUAAGAUUAUUGUUCUGGAUGAAGCCGAUUCAAUGACAGGUGACGCCCAGUCGGCACUGCGUCGCAUGAUGGAAAACUAUUCCAAGGUCACACGUUUCUGCCUCAUUUGUAACUAUGUAAGUCGCAUUAUCGAGCCCGUGGCAUCACGGUGUGCCAAGUUCCGCUUUGCACCAUUAGAAAAGGUCUCAAUGACGUCUCGUGUGCGCUUUAUCGCCUCAGAAGAACACGUGAAUGUGUCGGAUUCGGUGCUGGACUCGCUGCUCGAGUGCUCGAAUGGUGACUUGCGAAAGGCAAUUAACUACCUGCAAAGUGCCAAGCAGCUCUGUGGAGAGGAGGAGUUGUCGGAAGACGAUGUCGUUGCGGUGGCUGGACUUGCUCCGCCUGAAUUGCUGCAGCAGUUCUGGGUCUCUGUGGCUUCUAACAGUUUUGAGAAGAUGAAGACCGACAUUGAAAGCAUAUUACUGGCAGGAUACCCGGUGUUAACCAUAUUGCGGCAGCUGAAUGACGACGUGCUCGCAAUAGAGAAGAUCAGUGAUGUACAGAAGGCUAAGAUUUGUCUGCGCAUUGCGGAAGCCGAUAAGAGGCUCGUCGAUGGUGCUAGUGAGCACUUCCAGCUACUAGACGUCGCAUCCUACGCCAUGCGUGUGUGUCAUACGUCGUAA